AUGAGAAGACCUGUUGUGUUGAGUGGAUCGUCCCACCCAAAGCUUGCUCAAGAAAUAUGCGAUCGUCUUGGUGUCGAUGUAGGGAAAUCACGUUUGUCUAAAUUCAGCAAUAAUGAAACCAGUGUUGAACUAUACGAAUCUGUCCGUGAGCAAGACGUUUUUAUUAUCCAAUCUGGCUGUGGACAUGUCAACGAUAACUUUUUUGAGCUUUGCAUCAUGAUUCAGGCGUGCAAAACAGCGUCCGCUCGUAAAGUGAUUGCGGUAUUACCUUUUUUCCCUUACUCAAGACAGCCAGAUGCACCAUUCAAACGAUCAGGUGCCCCUUUUAUUCGGGCACCGCCAAUGACAGUACCUUCUACGCCUAGAAAUGUAUCUGUUCCCUCUACACCCAAAAAUGAAACACAACAGCAGCAGAAACAACAACAGCAACAACAACAACAACAACAACAACAACAGCAGCAGCAGCAACAGUCGAUGUCCAACUCAAAUAAUAACAACAAUAGUGAUGGUUAUAAACAAUGGGUUGCAAGAUCAGGUACCUUGAUUGCUGACUUAUUAAGUUGUGCUGGUGCUGAUCAUAUUAUUACGAUGGAUCUUCAUGAUGCGCAAUUUCAAGGCUUUUUUGAUUGUCCUGUGGAUAAUCUAUCUUCGUUACCCUCUAUGGCAAAAUAUAUUUAUCGCAACAUACCCAAUUAUCAAGAAGCCGUCAUUGUUUCCCCAGAUGCAGGUGGCGCCAAACGUGCCACUUCCAUUGCAGAGAAACUUCAUAUGGACUUUGCGCUCAUUCACAAAGAACGUCGACGACCUGACAAGCCUCAAAAGCACGAUCUCAUGCUGGUUGGCGACGUACGUGAUAAAGUAUGUAUCUUGAUCGAUGAUAUUGCCGAUACCUCCUUUACGAUCACCAAGGCUGCCAAGCUAUUGCAUGAAAACGGCGCGACAAAGAUUUAUGCUCUGAUAACGCAUGCUAUUCUCUCAGGAGAUGCUGUGGAGCGUAUUCAACAGAGUUAUCUGGAUCAUGUCAUUGUGAGUGAUUCGGUGCCUCAAGAAGAACAUUUGAGAAGAAGCUCCAAGUUUAGAGUGUUGCCUGUUGCUCCUUUGUUUGCAGAAGCGAUCAGACGAAUUCAUUUCGGUGAAAGUGUGAGCGUUUUAUUUGAUUCCAAAUAUGAAUUAUCUUAG